GAAAUGAAGCGGAAAUUGAUUACAACAUCUACUACACCAUCCGCAAAAGUCGUGGAAAAUGGCGGGAAGGUAAUGAGGUCGGAACUUUGUAUUUCAAGGAUUUAUCGCGAAAUGUGAAUUUUCAGAGAGAAAGCUUGGAUAAUGUAUUUAAUUUUGUGUGGGGGACGGAUUCUCGGGUUAUUUAUUACACCGUGGUCGAUGAACAACUCAGACCUCAUAAGGUUCUUGCGCAUACAAUCGGUACUUCGCAACAUAGUGACUUGGUAAUAUUUGAGGAAGAAGAUCAAUCAGCGUUCGUUGAUAUUACUUGUACCAAGGAUAAGGACAAUUUUUACAUAUUGACGAACGCGGAUAACGUACGAAAUUUCAAACUUGUUCGGGCAAAAUUGGAAAAUAUCGGGAAAAAAUACUGGGAAACCAUUUUUGCUGUCAAGGAAACAGAGAAGAUCGAAGAUGUCGAAAUUUUUCGUAAUUUUGCAGUCUUAUUUGCUAAGAGGGAAGGAUUACCGGUCAUCAUGUGUUAUGACCUGUGGACUUCUGAAAUUCAUCAAAUAAGAUUACCCAGCAAGUAUUGUGUUGUUUCGCCGGGG